AGUGCCACACACACACACACUUGCACGCAAAGUGUAAACAGCCUGUGAUAGAUAGGUCGCUUCACCCUGCCCCGUCUGUUUGCAGUGUUGAUCCCUUCAGCAGGCCCUGCUUCUCCUGUCCGCAGCGACCGUGAUGAGUUACUACAUGGAUCCAGUUUCUUCCUACCCGGCUCUUCACCCCUGUGACCGUCUGGGCGCAAUGAGGCACGGUGGAGGGGUGGCAUUGGGACCUCAGACCCUCCUCCCAGGUGUGGUUCACCCCCAGCAGCAGUACUACCCAUCACAGCCCCUUUACUUCCAGGACAUACCCCUGCAGGAGGUGCCCAACGGACACGACCUUUGCCCUACAGAUCCCGAGUGUGGAGACGUCCCCCUGCUGACUCCAGGAAGUAAAGAGAUGAUGUCACAGGCCCUGAAGGCCACCUUCAGCGGCUUCACUAAGGAACAGCAGCGGCUGGGUAUUCCCAAAGAUCCCAGACAGUGGACGGAAAACCACGUGGCCGCGUGGCUGACGUGGACGGUGAACGAGUUCAGUCUGAAGAACGUCGACUUUGACAAGUUCUGCAUGAACGGGGCCAACCUGUGUGCGAUGGGGAAGGAGCGUUUCCUGGACUUGGCACCGGACUUCGUGGGCGACAUCCUUUGGGAACAUCUAGAAAUGCUUCAGAAAGAGGAUGCAAAGCAUUACCCCAUCAAUGGACUGACCUCCAACUUCCAGGAAUCCCGUUAUACCUCAGACUACUUUGUCAGCUACGGUGUUGAGCAUGCUCAAUGUGUCCCUCCUUCUGAAUACUCAGAGCCCGGCUUCAUCACGGAGUCCUACCAGACACUCCAUCCCAUCAGCUCGGAGGAACUGCUGACGCUCAAGUACGAGAGUGAAUACCCCGCUGUCAUCCUCCGGGACACGCCCCUCAACCCGCUGCAAGGGGACUACUUCACCGUCAAGCAGGAGGUGGUGUCCCCCGACAACAUGUGCGUGGGACGCCUUAGCAGAGGUAAGCUCGGUGGCCAGGACUCCUUCGAGAGCAUCGAGAGCUUCGAGAGCUGCGACCGAUUGACCCAGUCGUGGAGCAGCCAGUCCUCGUUCAGCAGCCUGCAGCGGGUACCGUCGUACGACAGCUUCGACUCGGAAGACUACCCCACCGCCUUGCACAGCCACAAGCCCAAGGGCACUUUCAAAGACUAUGUGAGGGAGCGCUCAGACCUCAGCAAGGAUAAACCCGUCAUCCCAGCGGCAGCACUGGCAGGCUACACCGGCAGCGGCCCCAUCCAGCUGUGGCAGUUUCUCCUGGAGCUUCUGACCGACAAGUCUUGCCAGUCCUUCAUCAGCUGGACAGGCGACGGCUGGGAGUUCAAGCUUUCUGACCCAGAUGAGGUUGCUCGGAGGUGGGGCAAGAGGAAAAACAAGCCCAAGAUGAACUACGAGAAGCUGAGCCGUGGACUACGCUACUACUACGACAAGAACAUCAUCCACAAGACAUCGGGGAAGCGCUACGUGUACCGCUUUGUCUGUGACUUAAAAAGCCUGCUGGGCUACACUCCCGAGGAGCUCCAUGCGAUGUUGGACGUAAAGCCCGAUACGGACGAGUGAGAGCGAAGACGGAACGGGGACGCGAAGACGAAGGUUUAGCAGACACGUGGACUGUGGGGGGGGGGGGCUCAUGAAGUGGUCUUAACUAUUUUGAUAGUCGGGUAAACCGUUUUUUCUUUUUCUUUUUCUUUUUGAGGACCAAAAAAAAAAAAAUGUUUUUAAUGACUUAACUGUGGUCUUUAUCAACUUCAAGUUUCUGUCUCUCAGACCGUGUUUAAAAAAAAAAAAAAAAAAAAAAAAAAAUAAGGCACAAAGCCAAAAAGCCUGUAUUCAUACCCUGUUGCAUCGGAGAUGUCUGUGCGCGCGUGUGUGUGUGUGUGUGUGUGUGUGUGUGUGUGUGUGUGAGCGCGUGCGAGUGUAUGGUUAUGUACCUGUAUUAUUUAGCAGCUCAAAGCAGAUGGCGCACUAUCGGGUAGAGUUCAGGUUGCGUUCGGCCUCAGUAGCACAGCGGGGAGACGGGACGACCGAGACAGAAACCCCCGAGAUAACUGAGAGAGAAAAUAAUAAGAUUCAUUUCAUUGUCAGGGGGGGGGGGGGGGGGGGAGAGAGAGCUGGCAGAAGGUUCCCGCGAAGAAAGGGAGAGAGAGAGAGAGAGAGAAAGAAGGGUUGCCAAAAAAAAUAAAAAAGUAAAAACCAAACUAAGGAAGGUAUAAUGACUUGUAUACAUACAUGCUCAAGUGUCUCUCAUUGGCAAAAGAAAAUAUUCAGCUUGGACCAAAAAGUGUUGUUUUUUUAAUUUGUUUGUUUGAGGAGCGCCAGUAUUAUAUUAUUGAUGUCACCCGAUGUAAACCUACCGGGCUCAUAUCGGAGUAUUUUUCUUGCGUCGUCAACGGCGGUACCGCAGUGGAACCAAAACAUUUGAUGCCGAGUAUCAUCCGUUGGGCUCUCCAGGGAGCCUUUUGAACUGUGUGCUGAUUUGUGAUCAGGCAACACGACGGACACCCUGUGCUUUUCGGAGGGUUUGAGGACACGGUGAGAUUACUCAUACCGAGAGCUUUCGAUAGACAGACGACUGAAAGUAGCCGUUGCUUUUGAAACUGACGCGUUCACCUUUUUAUUUUAUUUUAUUUUGUACUUACGUGUAAAACACCUUGUUCGAGACACAUAUUGUGAAACUUGUGCUUUUUUUUUUUUUUUUUUUGCAUAUACCACCAGUAUUAGCAAACUGUAGACAAUCCACGUGGGGGAAUUCAGGAGUCUUUGGUAAGAAGAGUUGUUUUUAAUGUGCAGAUUAGAUGCAUAAUUUGUCGGUUCACUGUCCGUGUUGCUUUAGACGUGUUUGAAUACUCUCCUGUCUGUCUGCCUGUCUGUCUGUCUGUACAUUACAAUCACAUAUGAAAUAGUUGAGGGAUUGAUUUUACACAAAACAAUUCCUGAGUAUCAGAAUUUCUUUUUCUUCUUUUCUUCUCCUAUGCCGUACAUUUUGGGUCACGCAGCUGCAGUAUGCAAGUGUGGAGGUACAGUGUAGGAAAAAAAGGGACAGGCAAUAGAUAGAUAAAAAAAAAAAAAGAAUGAAGGUUGAUCAGAGAGAGACGGAAGUUUGGUGAGAAAGAUGAAGGCGUGGACACUGCAGGUGUGAUUAAGAAAGACUUGAAGUGAGGCAGGUUGGAGCUGCGUGGUUAAAAAACUCAUUGCAAAUAGAGGCAUGUAAGACUAGUGGCAGACAUUUGUAUUUCAUUUUUUUGUGAGUGUUUGGUGUUUUACUCGCCUAUGAGCCAACCAAUAUUCAGUUCAUAGUGAGUAACUCGUGUCCGGUUCCACCCAUACCUGUGCAGCUGCCCUGGUUGCAUUGAACCAAAUUGGCAGCGGUUUCCUUUUUUUUUUUUCGUGGGAAAACGGUGGCUGCACACCGGCCUUAUGGGAAAUGCCCAAAAGUGGAAUAUCGUUUUUUUUUUUUUAGUUUUUUUUUUAGGAAUACAAUGUUAUUGUUUACAGUGGCUGAAUGUGUACCCAUUUCGGUUGAAAAUAACUUUUUAAAUGUCUAUUUGUACAGAUUGUAUUUCAUAACGCUUUUAUUGAGACCCAGAGUACACAAAUAAACAGAGAGACAAAGCAGGAAUAAUAACCAAAACCCUUGUGAGGUCUUUGGCCGCUGUGCUUCGCGUACCGUACGUCCACAAUGUCAGAAGAUGGGUGGGUGGGUGGAUCCGAACUUUCUCACACUUUUUAUUUUGGAAAGCGUUUUGAUUUGAUUUUUUGUUGUUGUUAAUGUGUUGGAAAGCACGCAAGAGAAAUGCCUUCGCUGGUCCGGGUCCCCCCCCCCCACCACCACCAACACUGAGUGAAGAGGUGCUGAAUAUGUCCAUUAUGUUUGAUUGGUAACGGACUUCCUCAAGCACUGACUCACAAACCCAUCGCCCAUGCUCGUCAUUAGAGAAACGAAUUAGUAAUAGGCUGCACAGGACUUUCAUUCUGCUCCGCAUGUUGAUGUCAAGGUUUCCAAAACACUGUUAUCUUUGUUUUGUUCAGGUUAUUUUUUUCUGUCAAUGUUUUAUAUUAGAGAGGUUGUAAUGGUUGUCAAUGCCGCCCCCCCUCCACACACACACACACACACACACACACAAGGUCAUAACAUCUGUAUGUCUGGCGUCCCAAGAUUAAUGUGCUAAAAGACAACAUUCUGUUAUCGAAAAUGUAGGUAUUUUAAAAUGUUAUUUUGUCAGGAAAAUAUUCUAUUGUUCAAUGUCACAGAUUACAAUCUACUGCAGGUCUUAUGUAUUAAUGAACUUUAGUCAGGCUGGUGUGUGUGUGUGUACACACACACACACACCGGUAGUUUGUUACAUAUGCAUAUCUCAGAAUGGAUUUAGAAGGAAAACUUUUUGUUUGUUUUUUGGAUGUGUUUUUUUUUUUUUCUUUCUUUUUGUAUAUUUUAUAGUGUCUCUGUAUUUUUGUUAUGAGAUCAUUUUUAUUGUAUUUAGUUCACAAACAUUUGAAUAUUUUUCAAUAAUUUAUAUUUUAUAAAAAGACAAGAGAUGCAGACAGCUGGUGCUUUCAUGGGAAUAUAAAGGUAGCGCAGGACAAAAUAAUGUAGCGACUUGUUUUUGUUUCGUAUUCUUCUUUUCUUUUUUUUUUAUAUAGAAAAUAGACCUGUCUGCUAGAGAAAAACGGCUGAUGCUGGCCCAUCAAUGAUUUCUGCUGGAAAGGUUUUAUAAACUGUAGCUUCUAUUUCUAAAAUGUACUUAAUGUACUUCAAAAUGUUAUAAAAUAUAUGUGAACAAAGAU